UUUCAGUGCACAAUGGAAUGCUAUUACCAAAAGUUGAACAUCAUCGAUGAAAAUACACUUCUUAUGGAUAAGGUGAAUCUGUAUCUAGAAAGUCUAGAGGUCCCUGCCCGAGAGUUUUACAAGGCCGUCUUCCAAACCUGCGACGAUCAGCUCAUGGAGGUUAAGGAGCACAAGCUAGUGACGAUUUGCAGUACAUUUGCAGCUGAUAUGAACCAAUGUGUGAGAAAAUUUGUGAACCAGCGCUGUCCAGAGCAAUAUUUUAGAGAAACCGAACUGUGCAACCAGGUGAAAGCGGGACGAGAUCUUUGCAUGAAUUGAAUGGGAUCUGCUCAAAAUUUA